AUGACCAUGGCGGCACGCGGCAUCGUUGAGCAACAACAUGACACGGAAUCUGUUGAGGUCACCCGCGGGCCCGCCCAGGAGGGCGGGCCAAGCGCGCUGUCGAGCAACGAAGGGGCGCGCCAGCACGCAGUCCAGGUGGCCUGUGGGCACGGUUCCGGAGGGGUUAAAGUGACCUGUAACCCCUAGACGUUGUACAACCUGCGUAACCCGGUCGGGCACACCGUUGCCAACCUCCAAGGUCAGGCAGGGUUCGGAAACGCCGGCCCAAACACAGUCAAGGGACAUUUGUAUCUGUGCUUGGUUGCAGGCGAGGUUGUUCAAGCCCGAGAAUGUCCAUGCCUUGCCGCGAAAACUAUGUACCAGCCGGUGUCCACAGAGUACAUGCACGACACACCGGUUUUUUGGACAUUCGCGGCAAUAAAAACAAGAAGCUUCAAGAGUGCCGGCAUUUGUAAGCCCGAUUUUAUAGUUGACUACCGUUAGACGCGCCAACAUGA